CGGUGAUGUAGUUUGAUGGAAUGGAUUAUGGAUUCUGGAAGUUGCAGAUCGAAGAUUGCCUGUACGGUAAAGAUCUGUAUCAACAUCUGGAUGAUAAGCCCGAAGACAUGGAGGAGAGCGAUUGGAAGUUGCUGGACAGAAAAGCGAUGAGCAUGGUUCGAUUAUCGCUGUCCAGAAACAUCGCCCUACACACCAUCAAAGCAAAACGACGAAGGAGUUGUUGCAGAUAUUAUCGGAUAUGUACAAGAAACUGUCCGCUGCGAACAAGGUUCACCUGAUGAGGCGUCUUUUUAACCUAAAGAUGUCAGAAAGUACAGGACUUGCGGAGCAUCUCAACGAGUUCAAUUUAAUCACCACACAAUUGAGCGCGGUUGAGAUCAAAUUUGACGACGAGAUUCACGCCCUAAUUCUGUUGUCUUCUCUACCAGAAAGCUGGAACGGAACGGUGACUGCAGUCAGCGCUUCGACAGGGAAGGAGAAACUGAAAUUCGAUGAAGUCAAAAAUCUGGUGGUCAGCGAAGAAAUUCGCAGGAAGGAAUCAGGCUUGGCUUCUGGAUCGGCAUUGCGUACAGAGAACCGGGGCAGAACGAAGUCGAAGUCCAAGUCAGAUCGGGAUAGAUCAAGAUCCAAAUCCAAGUCAAACAACAAGGGCAAGAAGGACAGAAGUCAGAUCAAGUGCUGGAACUGUGGGGAGUACGGACACUUCAAGAGCCAGUGCAAGGAGCAGAUCAAGGAUCAGAAGGAGAAGACAUCUACCAAUGCAGCGGCAGAAUCAUCUAGUGAUGAUCUCCUGAUCCUGAGCGUGAGCAGUCCGUUCGAGUCAUGGGUUCUGGAUUCUGGAGCUUCGUUCCAUUCAUGUGGUAAUGUUGAAGUGAUAGAACUUCGUUCCAUUCCGACAAUUUUGGAGAGGUGUAUCUUGCUGAUGAUGAACCUCUUAAAAUUGUCGAAAAGGGUACAGUCCACGUGAAGACUCCGAACGGAUGCAUGCUGAAACUGAAUGGUGUCAGACAUAUUCCUGGAUUGAGAAGAAAUCUACUUUCAAUUGGGCAGCUGAAUGAGGAAGGCUAUGCAGUUACAUUCGGCAGCAGAAACUGGAAGAUCACCAAAGGAGCCUUACUGGUUGCUAAAGGGAAGGAGGGAACAUUGUACAUGACAACGAACUCAAAGGACUGCAUCAAUGUUGCUGUCGCUGCAACAAACGAUGUGAAUUUGUGGCACUGUCGUCUCGGUCACAUGAGCGAAAAGGGGAUGAAGGAGCUAUGCUCGAAGGGCAAACUGCCCGGCCUGAAGACUGUUGAAGUUGGCUUAUGCGAGGACUGCAUAUUCAGGAAACAGAACGUGUUAGUUUCUCAAAGGGGAGAAGAGCUAUUAAACCAGAGAAGCUGGAACUAGUGCACACCGACCUUUGUGGACCUGCUGAAGUUACAUACUUAGGAGGAUCCGCCUACUACAUGACCUUUAUUGAUGAUGCCACAAGAAAGAUGUGGAUUUAUUUUCUCAAAAAUAAAUCUGAUGUCUUUGAUGCUUUCAGGAGGUGGAAAGCUCUUGUUGAGACAGAGAUAGGUCUGAAAAUGAAGUGUCUUCGGUCUGAUAAUGGAGGUGAGUAUGAACUGCAUGAGUUCAAGAAGUUUUGUGCUGAGAAUGAGGUUCGUAUGGAAAAGACAACAAAGGGGACUCUGCAGCGUAAUGGCGUUGCUGAACGCAUGAACAAAACACUGAAUGAGCGGGCUAGAUGCAUGAGGUUGAAGAGUGGCUUACCGAAGAUGUUUUGGGCGGAUGCAGUGAACACCGCGGCUUUUCUCAUCAACAAAAGUCCAACGAUCUCGUUGGAGAAUGACAUUCCCGAAGAAAGGUGGACGGGUAAGGAGGUUAAUCUGUCCUAUCUCCGCAUAUUUGGUUGUGUUGCUUAUGUUCAUAUCAGUUUUGUUGACCGAAGCAAGAUAGACGCAAAAUCUGUGAAGUACGUUCAUUGGAUAUGGUGGUGAUGACUAUGAAUAUAGAUUCUGGGAUGAUCAGAAUAGGAAGAUUAUUCGUAGUCGAGAUGUAGUAUUCAAUGAGCAAGUUAUGUACAAGGAUAGAUUGAGUGCACCUGAUUCUGAGCAAGUCUGAAGAUCAUAGAGUUUGAUAUCUCUAAUUUGGGUGGGAGCAAGCAGGAUCAGAAUGAAGAGUUGAGUAAUGAUGAAGAUCCAUCAACCCCACCAAGGCAGCGGCCUGCCAGAAACCGGAGAGCACCAAAUAGGUAUUCACCUUCUAAUUUCUAUUUGUUGCUUGCUGAUGGUGGUGAACCGGAGUCCUAUGCAGAGGCAGUUCGGGUUGAUGACAAGGGAAAGUGGAAACUUGCAAUGGAUGAUGAGAUGACAUCUCUCACAUCCAAUGAUACUUGGAGGUUAGUUGAGCUACCGAGAGGAAAGAAGGCUUUGCACUGCAAGUGGGUCUACCGCAUCAAGAAGAAGGCAGAUGGUAGCAAAUGCUACAAAGCUAGGCUGGUUGUGAAGGGAUUCGAGCAGCGUUAUGGUAUUGAUUAUACUGACAUAUUCUCUCCAUUUAUGAAACUAACUACUAUUCGGUUGGUGUUGGGGUUAGUCGCUGCAGAGAAUUUGUUGUUGCAUCAGAUGGAUGUGAAAAAUGAUUCCUUCGUGGUGAUCUGAAUGAUGAGAUUUACAUGGUGCAACCGGAGGGUUAUGUGGCAGAGGGCAGUGAGAAUCUCGUAUGUAAGCUACUGAAGAGCUUAUACGGGUUGAAGCAGGCACCGAAGCAGUGGUACAAGAAAUUUGAUGGUUUCAUGCGGAAAAUCAAUUUCUUGAGAUGUCACACCGACAAUUGCUGCUACUACAAGAAGACUGAGAACUGUUAUCUUAUCCUGCUAUUAUAUGUAGAUGACAUGUUGAUUGCAGGAGCUAGUUCAAAGGAGAUUGAGAAGCUAAAGAAACAGUUGUCAGAACGUUUUUCCAUAAAGGAUCUUGGAGAGGCAAAGCAGAUUUUGGGCAUGCGAAUCGAAAGGGAUGAGGCAGCGGGCAGAUUGUAUCUUUCAUAGGCAGAAUACAUUCAGAAGGUCCUGGAAAGAUUCAAAAUGCAAGAUGCAAAAGCGGCAAGUGUACCUCUGGGUAGUCACUUCAAUCUUAGCAAGGAAAAUUCGCCGAAGAACAAGGAGGAGCGUGCUCAAAUGCAGAAUGUCCCAUACGCCUCGGCAAUUGGCACCAUCAUGUACGCUAUGGUGUGCACGAGGCCAGACAUUACACAUGCGGUGGGAGUAGUGAGCAGAUAUAUGGGAGAUCCCGGGAAAGAACAUUGGGAAGCUGUGAAGUGGAUCAUGAGGUAUUUGAAAGGUACUACUUCUAAUGCUUUGUGUUUUGAUGGGAAGAAUGUAGAGCUGCUGGGACAUGUUGAUGCAUACCUGGCAUCAAAUGACUCGGAUGGAUUGAGGAACACCAGCGAGUAUGUUUUUACAUUUGGUGGGACAACUGUUUCCUGGCUUUCGCAACUGUAGAAGAUUGUUGCAUUAUCUACCACUGAAGCUUAAUAUGUGGCCAUUACGGAGGCAAGUAAGGAGAUGGUGUGACUUCAGAAUAUACUUGGGGAACUUGGGAAGGAGUACAAUAAUAACAUUCUAUACAGUGACAGUCAAAGUGCUAUUUUCUUGGCAAACAACUCAGCUUUUCACAAGAGGGCCAAACACAUUCGGUUGAAGUAUCACUACAUCCGUCAUCUUUUGGAGAUAGAGGCAUUGCAGUUUGUGAAGAUCCGUGGGAGUGAGAAUCCAGCAGACAUGUUUACUAAGGUGGUAACCUUGGAGAAAUUGAAGCUUUGCAUAGCUUCAAUUGGCCUUGGUACUUGAAGAUGAAGGUCGUCGCUACCAUGCUAACAAGGGAGGAUUUGAAGAAGACAGUCUCAAAGUGGGAGAUUGUAAGGUGUUAGAGACUGUAUAACCAAAGCAUUAUUAAUUUAUUUUUGGAAACACGUUUCUUGGGGUUAGGUUUUACUUCUCUAUAAAUACAAGCUCUCUCCCUUGUAAUCAUGUGUGGAUCCGAAAAUAGCAAUAAUAUUCCUGGCUUGGUAGCGCCUCUAGACAUAGUCAUUCGUGACGAACUGGGUUACCAAAUUUCGUGUGUUCUUUAAUUGUUCUUCGUGUUGCGUACAUUAAUUCCUAACACUUAAUAUAUUUAUUUUCAUUAUUUGUUU